GUAACUUUAAGUAAAAAUAAUAAAAUCGGUUCGUAUAAUCCUCGUAGCGGUUAAACAGAAUGCAAUGUUUGUCCGAAUCUUUAAGCUAUUUUUAGAAUCAGCGCACUGCGCUAUUGUUCUAAGUUGUGGAAUGUUGCGGUGUUGUGUUUUUGUCGUUGUCCAUCUUCCCUUACAUCCAAAAUAGUUUUUUUUAUAUCAAAUUAUUUCUCCAUAACCUAUAAAAAUGGUAUAUAAAAAGUACUUUUCUGUUAGUUCUUUAACUAAAGAUUUUUCUGUUAAAUUUAAUUGAAAAACUGAUAAGAAUUUCUAGGGUCUUCAAUAUUUCAAAUUCGCCAAAGGUCCUAUAAAAGAUGAUGGCGGGUUACCUGUGUUAUGUGUUACUCCACGUAAUCCAAGAUGGCGGCUGGUAUGAAACUUCCACCCUUUCGCUCACUACAAGACGUCUUAACGGACGCUCAGUUUACUAUUCCGACUUUGAGCGACUUAGAAAGAAUGUCUAACAGAAUAGUCAAUAAUCUUUUGUACUAUCAGACGAACUAUUUCUUGUGGUGCAUCGUUAUUUUCCUUAUUGUAGGAACACUAUAUCCUAAGGAUAUGAUAAUAGGGGCACUAUCUGUAGCAGUAGCCCUCGUGGUAUAUGCCAGGAUAUGUAAAGAAAAAGAGAUCACCAGACGUGACAAUACUGCUUAUAAGUACCUUGUCAGUGCUGGUGUUGCUGGUGUCGUUCUCUUGCUAAUCUAUGUGCUUGGGUCUGUGCUUGUCUUUCUCUGGGGUGUGGUUGCACCUAUCUCUGUGAUUUUCUUGCAUGCUUCUUGCAGAACAAGAAAUCUUCGAAACAAAAUCACAAAUGUUACAGACAAAUUUCAAGAAAAUCCCAGUCCAAUGUCAAUUGUCCUGUCUAUGAAACUCAAUAUGAUGUCAGCUUUAACUGAGACACCAACGACAUUGAAAAGUCUUCUUCAUGACAUUGGAAAGGACCUAGAUUUGGAAGACGUACGAUACAUGAAAUAUCUUCUCCAAGGUCAUAUCAACAAGGAAACAUUGCAGCAUCUAGAAUCAGGGAUUGAGUUGACUCAAGUUCUAAAAACACGAGGCCUUGUAUCAGAAAAACGACUUGCUUUUCUUAGAAAGCUUCUUGUCGAAACGAAGUGUCUAAAACUGGUGAACUUGGUGGACAAUUUCAAGGAGAAGUAUGCUCCUGGUGUUAGUUUUGGAGACCAUGAUGAACAAGAGGGGAACGCAAGACGAAAUACAAAGAGAGAAACAAUUCUCCGCAUGAUAGAACGGCUAGAAAACGAAAUAGUCGCUAAUGAAGAAUGCGAAGCUGAGUUAGACAGCGAUGUCAAGCAAUUCGAGAUGCAGAUCCAAGCGAAUAACGAAAAGCUAGUCCAAGAAGAGGACGAAAUACAAAACCUCAAAGACAAAAUUAAAGAAAAUGAAUCCAAUAUAGAGUCGAUUGAACGAAAACUUGAAACGGUGCGUUUUUUCCUCAAGAAGCAAGAAGUAGAGCUUGAUAAGUUAAAGCAAAAGCAAGAGAAGAACAAAAACAGUGCGAGCAUUAAAACAGAGUUGAAAGAAAAGUUGACUGAGCUUGAAAAAGGAAAAAAGGACGAGGAUGAGUUGAUCUCAAAGCAUCAGAAAGCUCUUGACGACAUUCGUUCAAUUCACGUUGAAAUACGACAUCGUACGGAAGGAAUAAUACGCUUAGAAGACUCAAUACACGAUACACUUUUGCAGAUUCGUAUUAUUAAGCAUAAUAUUCACAAAAACCAACGAAUGCGGAUGGAAUUACAGGAAAAACUUGAUAGUACAUCCAUUGACUUGGAAGAAACUAAUCGUCACAAGCCAUUAACACCAGCUUCACGUGCUCAGAGCCGGUUCAAGUCAUACUCAAGAGCUGAGACUCAAAAUGCUGAACAGAAUGUUGAAUACAAGAUUCUGGAAUACAGUGAGGUAACAGAGCAGGAAUCGACAGUCAUUGGUCGUAAAGGGAAGGGAAUAUCGCCACCACAGUUCAAUCAACCAGUCAGCGUUGCUAUUAACCACUCCGGUCACCUUUAUGUUGCUGACUAUGGAAACUGUCGAAUCCACGUGAUAACAGCAGACGGAAAAGUCCAAAAGCAACCGCUUAAUAUUGGCGGGAAAUGCCGACCAUGCGCACUGGCUGUCAGCUGUCGAGGCGAACUCGCGAUGACUGAUUCACAGAUUAUUCGAGUCUUUAAUAAAAAUGGAGAGUUUCUUCGCCCUAUCUUACCAGUUUACAGCAAGAAUGACCGCAGACCAGAGCUGUGUUCCAUAGCAUUCGACAACAGCUGCUGCAUCUACACUGGCGACAAAGCCAACCACAGAAUCCAAAAAUUCAACUUUGAAGGCAAUUUCCUUCAUUUUAUUGGUGGACCAGAAGAAAUCAAUUAUCCAAUAGGAAUUGCCGUUACAAAGCAUGGUGACGUCAUAGUUUCUGACUACAUGAAGCAUCAUUUACGAGUGUUUUUCCGUGAAAGGAAUCUUGAAGCAAAGACAAUUGGCAGCAAAGGAAUCGGUGUUUGUAAGUUCGCAUACCCUCGAGGGAUUGCUUUAGAUCAUCAAGAGAAUAUCCUUGUGGCUGAUAGCCAGAACCAUCGCAUUCAAAUAGUGACUAUUGAAGGAGAAUACCUUGGUAGCUUUGGCACCGUUGGCGAUGAUCCUGGUUCGUUCAAUACACCAUAUGAUGUAGCGGUUGAUAAAAAUAGUAACAUUGUCGUUGCCGAUACCAAGAAUCAUCGCUUGCAGGUCUUUUCGAGGCUUGUUCCGGUUUACUCCAUUUAUGAUAGUAAUGGAAAUGAAACUGUGAAUGGAAACUCCGACGAAAGGGAUGAUAAUGAAAAUAUGAAUGGAAACUCUGACGAAAGGGAUGAGAAUGAAAAUAUGAAUGGAAACAUUGAGGAGAAAUGUGAUGACAAUGAAAAUAUGAUUGGAAACUCUGAUGAAAGAGACAGCGAGAAUGAAAAUAUGGAUGGACAUUCGGAAGAGAGGGAAAGUGGAGGAGUAAACGGUGUUAAAAGUGUAGGGAAAAUAAAGACUGACGACGACGAAGACGUAGAAAAGAAUCAAAAACCUUUAUCAGAUGGCGAGGUUCACGAAAUUGAAAAUCAUGAGGGAAAAACCGCAUCGAGUACAAAUGAAGAUGGUAAAGCUAUGAGUUCCUCUAACGAGGAAGAAAAUGAUAGGAUGGAGGAAGGACGAGAAAUGAAGAAUGGUGAAUUAGGAAAUGAAGGAAGUUGCGAUGAACGAAAGGACAUAAACACAAACCAAAACACUCCAACAAAGGAGGAAACUAGGGAACAAAUUUCGGACACAAACAAUGCUAGUGACAAAGAUAAUUCUACGAGUAAGGAAAGUGGAAAUCAAGUUGCUGCGCAGUUUGAGGAAAAGAAAGAAAAUACCUCAGUAGAUGAUUCACAGCAACAAUCUAUUCCUGACAAAAGCCAAAAUAAACUUUAGGUGAUAUAAACCACGGGUACUGGGGUGCCUGUGUUUCCCUUCUGCCCCUUAGCAGAUCAUUUGCAUGUGUUUUGGUGGAGGAAGGGAAGGAAGAUUUGUCGAGCCGGGUUAAAAAGGAACAAUCCCCCUCAUAGAGAAAUCCUGGUUAUGUCUCUGUAACUUAAAAAUGCAAGGGAUGGAUUAGUCCCUGUGGUUAGGACGUGUUUGUAAUUUGACUAAAAAACUUGUUCAAAACUUAACUGGAACAUACAUUGUGACUUACAGUGAGGACACUCUAACCAUGAACACUUUGUGCUUUUUUACUACUUUUUUAACAUUCAUCCCUAGAGUGCCUCAUUUAGAAAUAAGUURUCUUUUGAUCACAUAGCAUAUUUGAGUUCAAUCCUACUUUUUUAGAGGGUUUGAAGCAGUAAAAAGCUCAGCAGAAAAUAAAAAUCUGAAUAAAGUCAAGUGUUCAUGGUUGGAGUGUCUUCACUGUAACUUGUAAAGACAUAAAGCCUCCAAUCUAACAAGACAGCUCUGCAGGCGCUUGUGGUCGUAUACUUGCAGUCAGUUUCAAAUGGAGUUUAGUGCAGCUAGUAAAAAAGCUACUUGGAUAUUUAUAUUUGCGAGCUCAAACAUGCAAUAAAUGUCCAAGUAAGAUAAGGUUUUUAUUUUUAAAAUUAAGAAACACUGAAGUUAAUAAUUUUUGCGUAAAAUAAAAUACGACUGACCAACCUCCUCGACCAUGUAUUACGAUAUCGAGUAGAUGAAGCAACGUUAAUGAAUAAUUCAAUAUAUAACCGCCUACAUAGCAAUUUUAAGAUUAAACAAGAUGGGUUUUACACCACCUGUGUUUAA